CGUUGCAGUGCAGAUACCCAUUUGUUCAUCAAUAAUAAGCGUGCAGAGACAGUCUUGAAAUUGCACAGACACCUACACGCCCACACAGACUUACACAUACAACAACAUGGAACGCCUGCUGACCAUAUUUGAACAGGCUGAUCCCUUCUCCACCUGGUGGCCCACAAUUGCUGCUGUACUGGUUGGCGUUGUGAUAACAGUGCGCACCAUAAUGAGCGGCCAGCGUUGCCCCAACGAUAAUCAAAUCAAGGAGCAAAUUGUUGUAGUUACCGGUGGCAGCAGCGGCAUUGGCUUUGAGAUAGCCAAAGCGCUGGCGGCACGUGGCGGCCGCAUUAUCCUUGCCAGCCGCAAUCUGGCGGAGGGCGAACGUGCCGCAUCAAUUAUUAAACGGGAGCUCGGCUGCCGCACGCCCACCUCCAGCACGGACAGCGUCAGCCCCGCCGAACGCUACUUUGUGGAAGCGCGUCUUCUCGACCUGUGCUCGCUGCGCAGUGUGCAUCAGUUUGCCGGCCAGCUGAUGUCCGAGUUCGAACGCAUCGAUGUGCUGGUGAACAAUGCGGGCAUGGUGUUUGGUGACACACGCGCGACCACGCCGGACGGCUUCGAGCCGCACAGCCAGGUGAACUAUUUGGGUCCGUUUUUGCUGACGCAGCUGCUGCUGCCGCAUCUGCGUCGCUCGGAGCAGGGCCGGAUUAUUUUUGUGUCGGCGCACGCCCAUCAGGCGGCCAAAAUCGAUUUCGACGAUCCGCUAAAUGUGGGCACCUGGUCGGUGAAGUUCCAUGCACGCGACGCCUUCGCCCACUCCAAGCUGGCCGUUAUUUUGGCCACGCGCUGGCUGGCCCGAGAGCUGAAAGAUACCCCCAUUACGGUCAACUGCUGCACGCCCGGACUAGUGAGAGGCACACGGCAUCUGCGCAACUCACCGCUAAUGUCGGCCAUUUGCGUUAAGGUGAUCACCUACCCCUGGAUGUGGCUAUUCAUGAAGAACGCCAGCGAGGGAGCCCAGUGCGCCAUACGCCUAGCCACAGAUCCCCAGCUGAAGCAAGUGACCGGCGAGUACUUCAAUGACUGCGAAAUUGCGCCAACUUCAGAGGCCGGGCAGGACAAGGAGUUGGCCAAGAGAUUGUACAUGCAGACCAUAGAGACGCUCCAGCGCGUUACCAAGCUAACCGUCGACAAGGAGGCGUGCACCAUGGCGACGCAGCUUCAACUGGAGUCCGGCAAGUGAUUUAUGUGCUGCACGCGGCCAGGCAUACACGACGACGACGACGUCUACAACUUCCAACGUCUAUUUGCAUUUGGCUUAACAAUUGCCGCAUUAUCCAGCCAACCAGCCAGUCUGCCAGGCAGCCAAACCAGUUCGGGCCACUUAGAGUCCGCCCCAAAUUUAAGAGUCUGCAGCUGCGACUGCCUCUGCGAUUCACUCGUAGAGAAUAUAUGUAAAUUUAAUGUGCUAACGAAAUUG